ACCUUUAGGAUGGACGAGAAUGUGAAACAGGCCCUCUCAUCAGACAAAUGGGCAGAAAUUCCCACAGUCACCUCCAUAACCUUAUAGACAGUCUGCACAGAAGAGUGGGCAGUAGAUCCAUAUUAAAGAAGCACUCCAGGUUUUUUCCCCCUAUAUUAUGCACACGAUCCCUAGGCCUACGACACCAUGUAUUUUACUGUAGCACAACCGCAUAGAUUUGUUUUAUUACUCUAAUUUGGUCAUGUGAUCACAUUGAAAAGGAAUGGGAAACAUAAAGGAAGGACUUAUGCUUCUUCUUCUUACACGAUUCGCUUCUGACUUUGGCUCAAAAACUGCAGAGCCAGUUUUCUUAAAAAACCUGUGUGGAAACCUAGUCUUACACAGAGAGAACAAAAUGUCCAUCUGAUGACUUUGAGAAGCAGCUAAAUGAUUCUGAAGAUGGCUCUUCCACCCCCAGAUCCAAAAUUUGACCUUAGAGGUGUAAGUGCUGAAGUCAACUGCUUGCACUUCAGUUGUAACGUUCCCAAGCCGCGUCCGCCGCUUCUUUUUUCUGGGUCUUCCAGUGGAAAAAUUCACGUGUGGAAUCUAAAUACGAGAAGAGCGGAGACCAUAUUGUGUGGACAUGGUGGCAAAUCUGUCUUCUGGAUCUAUACCCUUCCUGAUAGAGAACAAUUAAUGAGUCAGGGUAGAGAUCUACAAAUAUGUAUAUGGAAUUUAGCAGAAGGAAGGAAUGAAGUCACUGAGUCUAUACCGCUUGAUAGAGUUUGCUUCUGUAAAUGUUCUCUGUUAGAUACUCAACGUCCUCUACUAGCAAUUCCAGGAACAGAAAACUCCCAGGUUCAAGUUGUGGACUUGGAUUGCCAAAAGAUUAUAUGCUCAAUGACACCUACAACUGAUGUCCCAUGGGGAAUGGCUAUGUGCAUGAAACUUUGGCAGCCUAACUUUGGAUGUAGCCCUUUGCUCAUUGUUGGGUAUGAGGAUGGCUCAGUAGCCCUAUGGAAUGUCUUGGAGCACAAGUUGAUAAGUAGGUAUAUGUUCCACACGGAGCCUGUUAUGAGCCUUGACUUUGACUGCGACAGUGCCAGAGGGGUCUCUGGAUCGGCUGAGAAUAUACUGAAUGUCUGGAGCCUUGAUAAACAGCAGGACUUCAAGAUUUACAAAGCUCAAGAACUUGUCAAUCCUGGAAUUGCUGAUGUCAAAAUACGUCAGGACAAGAAGAUUUUGGCAACAGCUGGCUGGGACUAUCGUGUUCGGAUUUUUGGGUGGAAGAAAGUGAAACCAUUAGCAGUUCUCCAAUACCAUUCUGCAACAGUGCACUGUGUGUCCUUUUCAGAUCACAUCAUUCCUGAAGAAAGACUUCUGGCUGCCGGCUCAAAAGAUCAGAGAAUUAGCCUAUGGUCAAUAUAUUCCCAAACCUAAAAAAGCAGCAGGGUCUUUAUUGUACAUACUGUGUGUAGAAAUUGCUAAAAGACACUUUAGUGAACCAAAGCUGCAGCUAAUACGAAAUCCCGGAUUUCUGUUUCGUAGCACGUACAUCUUUUAUAAUGUGUGGAUGUUGAUGUGUAAAGAGGUAUCUUGAAAUAUUGAUAUACUUAAAGUUUAAUUAGUUAUGCCACAAAAAAAAUUUCACCUAUCCACAGGAUAUGUGCUAAAUGUCUUAUUGAUUUACCCAUCACUGGAACUCCCAACAAUCAUCAUAACAUGGGUCCCAAGCCCUGUGGUCAACCACAAUAGGGUAUUUAAAUGGAGUAACAGGAUGCAUGCGUGACCAUUGCUGUAACCUAACUCACUGUGGUCAUGGAUUCAGAAAGAACAGGGGCUUAGGACUCCCUUUCUAGUGAUUAUGCGGGUCCCAGUAAUCAUACAAUUACCUAUGUUUUAUGAGAUGAUCCCUUUAAAGGAAAACUAUCAGGCUGUUCACCCACACUAAACCCGAUACACUGGGGGAAUAGGAUUCCAUAAUAGGACCUAAAUUGGUCCAGUAGGUCCAGAGAUACUGGCUUCUGAAGAUCUGUUGCUGCAUUCAGGGAAUUGCGCACUGGAGGCCUCUGCCUCCCCGUGUCACAUCCUAAUACCGCCCCCGCUAUUUCAAUAUUCAUCCUAGUGACGUGGAGUCACAAGUCAUGUGGGCGCAGUGCUCUCCCGGCAGAGCAUAUGCGCCGUAAGCUUUUCCCCCUGCUCUCACGUCCUCAUGACGUGAGAGCUCUGAGUAAUGCGAGCGUUCUGUGCAGGGUCACUGCGCAUGCGCCAAUCCCUCGCCACACCCGGAAGUUGGGAGUACCGAGGCUUCACUCAUAGGUAUGCAGUGCAUUGAGAGCAGGGGAGAAAGCUUAUGGUGCAUGUGCUCUGCUGAAAGAGCGCUGCGCCCAUGUGACUUUUGACUUCACGUCACUAGGAUGUGGAGUUGAAGAAUAUGAAUAUUCAAAAAUCGAGGGCAGUAUUAGGACAUGACACAGGGAGGCGGAGGUGGCCGGCCAGCAGGGCCACGUCUCCAGUGCGCAAUUCCCUGAAUGCAGCAACGGAUCUUCAGGAGCCGGUAUCUCAGGACCUACUGCACCAAUUUAGGUAAAUGCCCCCUCUAUGGAAUCCUGUUCACCCAUUGGGUUUAGUGUGGGUAAACAGGCUGACAGUUUUCCUUUAAUUUUGUUAUAUUAUCCUUUAUUGUAACAAUGUAUAUGGGAAGUGCAUAACCCUGAGUUUAUAUUUUUUCUGUACAGUGGAAAAAUGGUUAUAGGUCUAUUUCAUGAAAAUAAGAAAACGUCAUGAACUGUAGCCUCAAUGUACUUGGAACUUUUAGAUCACAUGGCUCCUAGUGGAAUUAUUGGAGUACUUUGGUGCAAUACAACUUAUUCCCUAUCCAAAGGAUAGAGGAUACGUUUUUGAUAGCAGGGUGUCCGAUCGCUAGGGGGUUCCCAGUGGUCAGACCCCCGCUAUCAGAUUUGGAUAGGGGAUAUGUUGUACUACACUACAGUAUUCCUUUAAGAUCUACGUUCAGCAAGGUAUUACCCUGAUCUAUAAAGAACUAUUUCUGACUUAGCAGUUAAAUGUUAAUAGGUGUUAUUGAAGAAUGGUGUUAUCUGCCAAAGGAACUCAUGAGCCAAAGUUGUCAAAGAGCCAAUCGCAUUUUGGACACUGUGUUGUUGAUGUAAAAUCUUUACUCAAAAAACAGAGAACUAAUAUUUUAAUUUUUUUCCAUCCAAAUUUUCAGUCCUACACAAGUAUAGGAAAACUAGAAAAUAAAUUACUGAAAGGCACAAUUUCCUCAGUUUAUGUAGUAGUUGCCUUUUCCACAAGAUCAAAGGACCAGAAGAGUGAAAGUCACAAUGUGGGCUAAGCAAGCUGAAAACAAUGGUAUUACAAAUUUGUGUAAAACUGCACAAGGCAACCUCUAUCUCUAAAGGUGAGAGUAUGGUAAAAUUGGGAAAUGAAAAAGGCUGUGCUCACAUGUACAUCCUCACCUCUGUUUAUAGUGUAGCCAUGACAGUUACCAAUGCAUUUGUAAAGUCUUUAGACCCUAUCAAUUUUUUCACAUUAUGUUAUGAUGCGACCUAAAAUUUAAAGAAAAAAGUGGUGUUCCUCCAUCAUUCAGUGAAAACAGAACGUUAGAAAUCUUUGCUAUUGUAUUGGAAAGGAAAAACUUAAAUAUUGCAUGGGAUAAGUAUUCAGAACCUUUACUCAGCACUUAGUUGAAGCAUCUUUGGCAGCUUCCAGACUUCUUGGGUAUGAUGGUGAAAGGUUUGCACUGCUGGAUUUGGGGAUUUUAUGCCACUCUUAUCUUAAGAACCUUUGAAUCUUAGUCAAGUUGGAUGGGGACCAUCGGUGUACAGCCGUUUUAGGUCUCUCCAGAGAAGUCAGGGCCCUGGCUAGGGCACUCUAGGACAUGUACAGAGUUGUCUCUAAGGCAUUCCUGUGUUGUCUUACAGGUGCUUAGGGUCAUUGUCUUGUUAGAAGGUUUAACUGCGGCCCAGUCUGAGAUCUAUGCUCCAUUCAGCUUUCCCUCAAACCUGACCAGUCUCCCUGUCUCCACUGAAAAGCAUCCCCACAGCAUGAUGCUGCCACCACCAUGCUUCACUGCAAGGAUGGUAUUGGGCAGGUGAUGAGCAGUACCUGGUUUCCUACAGACAUGAUGCUUAGAGGUCAAAACGUUUAAAGGGGUACUCGGCUGCAAACAUCUUAUCCCCUAUCCAAAGCGUCAGGACCCCCGCGAUCUCCGUGCUGGGAGUGGCAGCGUCAGGAACGCGGAAGCUUGCAGCUUUCGCAUUCAUGACUUCUCGCCACGCCCCCUCCAUUCAUGUCAAUGGGAGGAGGCGUGACAGCCUCAUGUAGCCGUCACCCCUUCUCCCAUAAAAGUGAAUGGAGCGGGCUUGCCAGCCGUCGGGCACAGAGCGGAGUUCGCCCUGUGCGCCUAAUGACGGGGUGCCACACCGGAGAUCGCGGGGGUCCACAGCGGCGGGACCUCCGCGAUCUAACAUCUUAUCUCCUAUCCUUUAGACAGGGGAUAAGAUGCUGGCGGCGGAGUACCACUUUAAUCUUGGUUUUAUCAGACUAGAGAAUCAUGUUUCUCACAGUCUGAGAGUCCUUUAGUUGCUUUCUUGCUUACUUCAGUCAGGCUUUCAUGUGUCUCUUACUAAGUAUAGGCUUUUUUUGGCCAUUUUGCCUUAAAGCCUAGAUGGAGGGCUGCAGCGACAGUUGACCUUCUGCAAGUUCCUCCCAUCUGCACACAGGAUCUUUGGAGUUGAGCCAAGUGACCAUUGGCCAUUUUGAUCAUCUCUCUUACCAAGCCUCUUCUCUCACAAUUACUUAGUUUGGUGAGGAAGACAGCUCGAUGAGGAGUCCCUGUUGUUCCAAACUUCUCCCUUUUAGCAAUUAUGGAGGCCACUGUGCGCUUGGGAGCUUUCAGUGUAGCAGAAUACUUUUUGUACCCUUCUCUAGAUCCGUGCCUUAACACAAUUUUUUUUUUUUUAAUCAACUGGUGCCAGAAAGUUAAACAGAGUUGAAAAAAAUCUUAAUCCUUCCAGUAUUUAUUAGCUGCUGAAUACUACAGAGGAAAUUCUUUUCUUUUUGGAACACAGAGCUCUCUGCUGACAUCACGAGCACAGUGCUCUCUGCUGACACCUCUGUCCAUUUUAAGAACUGUUGAGGGUAGGAGAAAAUCCCCAUAGCAAACAAAUGCUGCUCUGGACAGUUCCUUAAAUGGACAGAGAUGUCAGCAGAGAGCACUGUGUUCCAAAAAGAAAUUAAUUUCCUCUGUAGUAUUCAGCAGCUAAUAAGUACUGGAAGUAUUAAGAUUUUUUAAUAAAAGUAAUUUAAAAAAUCUCUUUAACUUUCUGGCACCAGUUGAUUUAAAAAAGAAAAGUUUUACACCGGAGUACCGCUUUAAGUUUAUCUAAAGUUCUGUAUUUACAUUAAAUUAUUUUUAAUAACAAAAUGUGAAAAAAAAGUUAAAGGGUCUGAAGACUUUCCAAAAGCAUUGUAUACCAGAUCUGUUUUCAAAUGGAUUUCAAUAUUAUCUUAUUGACUAUUGGUUACUGUCUGUGAUCCUAUACUUGGAUUCUGAUGAUAUUCUGACCACACCCCUCUUUUUGACUCCCAUAAUUGUCAAUGUCAGAUUAAUUAAUGUAUAUCCAGAGUGUAUGUGUUAUACAGAAGACAUUUUUAUAGCUGUUCUAAACAUGCUCGUGGGGAUAGAUAUAACGUUUGCUCUCAUCAUGACAUAUGAAGAAAAUGAAGAUCCCUUAUUGACAUUCUCCACACAUUACAUGAUCAGCCUUUGAGCACUGACAGAUAUCAGGUCAUUAGUCAUAGCAGCGUUCACAAGGCUAGGUCAGAGCACAUUAGCAUACUAAUUAUCAAACAAGUAAUUACAAUAAAAACCAACUAAUCGGUCCAAGAGCUAGAGUAACAAGUUCUUACAGAUCCAGUUAGAUCAGAUGUUGUUUUGUCAAUUUAUUGAGGGCAACGUUUUAUUGCCACCACAAAGUGAUGUUGGAAUACUAAAUUCUGUUAAAUUGUAACUUUCAUUUUCCAUGCGGCUGAGUGCUGUUUUUUUCCUGCUGUUUUAUCUUCACUAAAGCCAAACUCCAUAGAAAGUCUAUGGGCCUGAAUAUUCAGAAUCACCAUUUUUUUCACCUAUUCAGAUAUAACAGCAGUUUGUGGGGAGAACUACAUAGGGACAGAUUCCUUUUAAAAGCCAAUGAGUGACCUCAGGACAUAUCUGGAAAGUUCCCAGUUUCUCAUCAAUAACUCAUACUUUUUUGUAUUAUAUUACAUUUUAUGUAAGUAGUGAAGCACAAUACCGUAUGAACAUGCGCUUACUGAUACCUAUUAAUACAAUACGUUAUAAAUAUCUAAUUUAUGCUAGACAUUAUAGUGGUUAUCCAGAGAUAUCGUGUUUCCCCGAAAAUAAGACACUGUCUUAUAUUUAUUUUUAUUUAAAAAGACACACCAUGGUUUAUUUUCAGGGGAUGUCUUAUUUUUAUUAUGAUAAGUACGGGCAUGGGCAUAUGAAAUAAAGGGAAUGACUAUAUGAAAUUAAUAUAUCCACGAUAGCCAUUAUCUUCAUUUGCCCAUUCCCCUCAUUUUUAUUCCUCUUCUAUCCUCAUUUUUAUUCCUCCUCAUUCCAUAUGGUGUCAACGGCCGGAGGAUGUGGAUCCGCUGGACCUGUGUGGACAAUGACUGAACCGUAUCAGGGAGCGCAGUCUAAGGUGCCGCUGGUUUUCAUCAGAUACAGCAAAAGAAAGAAUGUUGGAGUCAUUUGUAGAAAAAAGAUAUGACAAUCUUUAUUGAAAUAGGAAAGUCUAAAACAGUCUAAAAUACAGUGAUGAUUAAAGGGGUAUUCCAGGCCAAAACUUUUUUUUAUAUAUCAACUGG